CACAUUCGUUCCUUCUCUUUUGAGCUCACUUUCCUUUGUGUAGGCGCUGGUCGCCCUCGUUCUAUCUGCUCUCGUUGGCGUCAUUAACGAUCCCCAUCCCAUCCUAAUUGUCGAAACCUUCUCGUAAUCGCUCGACGUCAACAUGCACGCCUCCGCUCUUCUCUACACGGUUCUUCUUGUCGCCUCUGCAGCGACUCUCUCUGCUCGCCCGAUCUUCUCUGGUCCUGUCCCGACAAACGCCGAGAGGAUCGUGUCGCCUUCCCCGGCUGAAGAUCAUGACGCCAACGCGCAUCUGUCUCACGCCCAUAGCAUGUUGGUCCACACGGCGAGCGUCGUCGCCCCCUCGCACUUGCUGGACAAUCGCAUUCCAGCAGCGAAGACGUCGGACUGCACUUCCACGCGCCGGCUGUCCAUGAUGCCCUUAGCGCUGCCGUUCAUCACGCUCGUGCUGUGGAAGACAUGGAUCUACUCCCCCGAAGACUCGAGGCGCGUAAGAAGGAGCCCAAGAAGGAGCCACCCAAAAAGGCCGCUCCUGCGAAACCGAAGCCCGCAAAGAAGAAGCACCACGUCAACUGGAAGAAGGUCGGCAGCACCGCCGCUACCGUUGCUGGAGAUGUGGGCAAAUUCUUCCUGCACUUGUUACGUCGCGAGGAUCCGGAGCUCUUCGCACGUCUGCUCGAUCACGAUGAGGAGUUGAUGGCAAGAGAGGAUCUGGUGGAGCUCUUGAGACGCAGUGGUGGUGAUAUGGUUCUAGACCGCCUGUACUAGAGCAUCUUGGGACUAGGAUGUUGUUUCGUGGAGUCAGCUUUGUCUAGCCUCUUGAACAAAUGGCGAACACACGUUCACAGCUAAGUCCACAACGUUGGGCCCCGCACAAAAGGUGCGUAUAGGAGCGGAGGUCAUCAAACGUUGGCAUUCGGUGAUCCGGACACUGUGCCGCUCAACCUGGGCCGACGUACCUAAGG